CACAUCUCAACCUUCAUCUGCCUCAUCGAUCAUCUCUAGUGGUCGUGCCUCUCAUCUCUUAUCUCUGCGGAGAUAUCUCCUCCCUUCCAACACCUUACCUCCUAUCUUCAGCCUCUCUCUCGCCCCUUUCCAUCGCGAUGAGUGACAUUCUCGAGUCCUUUCCCGAGUAUCGGAAGACCGCCGCUCUCGAUCGGCUGCGCGAGACCGAAUACAGCUACCUGGACGAGCAGGGCCACAUCUACCUCGACUAUACCGGGGCAGGCCUCGCUGCCAAAGCGCAAUAUGCGGCACACAACGCGCGCCUGUCGGAGACGGUCUUUGGCAACCCCCAUUCGGUCAGCCCCACCAGCGAGAGCUCGACACGGCUGGUCGAAGACGCUCGCGCUCAGGUGCUGCGCCAUUUGAAGGCCUCAGCGCACACCUAUACCGUGAUCUUCACGCAGAAUGCCACUGGCGCGGCGCGCCUGGUCGCCGAAGCAUAUCCCUUCUCGCGCAACAAGACCUUCGUGUUGACCGCCGACAACCACAACUCCGUUAAUGGCAUCCGCGAGUUCGCCAAGGCACGCCAUGCUCGCACCGUGUAUGUCCCGCUUCAGGGCACGGAGCUGCGCGUCAACCCCAGCGCAUUAGCGACCGCCCUCGGGGGUCACUGGUGGGAAUGGGGUAUCGACAAGAUCGGACUGGCCAAGGGAGCCGGAACCCGCGAGCGUGGCCUGUUUGCAUACCCCGCCCAGAGCAACUUCAGCGGCGUGCGCCAUCCCCUGGAAUGGGUGACCCUGGCACAGCAGUGCGGCUUCGACGUCCUCCUCGACACGGCGGCCUACCUCCCCACCAACGAGCUGGACCUGUCCGACAAGAACCCCCAGCCCGACUUCCUCAUGAUCAGCUGGUACAAACUGUUCGGAUAUCCCACCGGCGUGGGCUGCCUGGUGGCGCGACGCGACGCGCUGGCCCGCCUGGCCCGGCCCUGGUUCUCUGGUGGCAGCGUUCUCACAGCGGCGGUGGGCAUUCCCUGGCAUAAGAUGGCAGCCAACGAGGGAGCUUUCGAGGACGGAACUCUCAACUUCCUGUCCAUCCCGGAUAUCCAGUUCGGUCUGCAGUGGCUGCAGCGCAUCAAGAUGUCAGUGAUCUCGACCCGCGUGAAGUGCCUGACUGGCUGGUUCAUCCAGCGGCUGCUGGCCCUGCGGCACAGCGACGGGACCCCCAUGGCGCAGAUCUACGGGCCAUCCAAUCUUCGCCGCCGCGGGGGCACCGUGUCCUUCAACUUCCUGGACGCCCACGGCAAGAUCGUCGACGAGCGCAUUGUCGGGCGCGAAUCGGCGGCGGCCUCGAUCUCCCUGCGCACCGGUUGUUUCUGCAAUCCCGGCGGCGCGGAGAAUGCCUUUAACAUGGACGCGCGCGUGCUCCGGCCCCACCGACGUCGCUUGAGGAGUCUGACCUCCAUCGACACAUAUAUCGACAUAGCGGGUCUGCCGUCCGGGGGCGCCAUCCGCGUGUCGUUCGGUCUGGUGUCGAACACGGCGGACGUCGAUCGCUUUUUCGACUUUGCCAUCAAGCACUUCCGGGAUCGGGUGACCAACACGGCGGGCUUGCCUCCUCGUGGGGGGUGCUAGGAGACCCUCGGUGGUGGGGACUGCCCAGCCGGCCUGUCCAGAUCCUCUUUGCUCGCCUGCGACCUGGAGUCGUAUGCGCCUCAUUUUCUUAUGUGAGUUGCGGUGUUGUUCGGAUCGAUCCCGUGUCGCCAAGGUUCUGUAUGCACGAAAGGCCACAUAUUAUGAUUCUUGUUCAGAUGAUGCUUUGUGCCGUGAGCUUGACGUAUCCAUGAAAACCUGAAAACCACAUAUCUCGACUAU